CCGCGGGCCUCGCCACUGUCACUUUUUCUCAUCCCCUUGACGUUGUUCGUACCAGGUUCCAAGUUUAUGAUGGAAGAAUCUCGAACGUCCCAGCUUAUAGGAACACUCCUCAUGCUUUGUUUGCCAUUGCUCGAACUGAGAUAGAGUUGAUUCAGUCAGCCUCAUGACAUAAUAAUAGUGAGAAACUCUGUCACACUUUGUCAAUCACGAUCAAACAUAUCACCGACAUAUGCUUUUGAAGAUGAAGGGCCUUAGAGGACUUUAUGGUGGCUUUUACCCUGCUGUUCUUGGGUCAACUAUUUCAUGGGGUUUGUAUUUUUUCUUUUAUAGCAAGGCUAAGCAAAGGUAUCUAAGAAACAGAGAGGAGCUGAGUCCAGGCCUUCACCUUGCUUCAGCUGCAGAAGCAGGAGCGCUGGUCUGUUUUUGCACCAACCCUAUUUGGCUUGUGAAAACAAGAUUGCAACUUCAGACUCCUAAUCAGAUUCGUCCAUACACCGGGUUUCAUGAUGCUUUAAGAACCAUAUUCAAAGAUGAAGGAUGGAGGGCACUUUACAAGGGGCUUAUGCCAAGCCUAUUUUUGGUUACACAUGGUGCUAUUCAGUUCACGGCAUAUGAGGAACUUCGCAAAGUUCUUGUUAGCUUGAAAGCUCAGGAAAAUGAAAAUCCUCUUGCUACAGCUGCUGACUUGUUGGAUUCAGUUGACUAUGCAACACUUGGAGCUUCUUCUAAGCUGGUAGCCGUUCUUACAACAUAUCCAUUUCAGGUUGUGCGAUCCCGAUUGCAGCAACGACCAAGUACAACUGGAGUUCCGAGAUACAUGGAUAGCUGGCAUGUUGUGAAGGAAACUGCAAGGUUUGAGGGCAUACGAGGCUUCUACAGAGGUAUCACAGCAAACGUGCUGAAAAAUGCGCCUGCAGCUUCGAUUACGUUCAUUGUCUAUGAGAAUGUCCUAAACAUGCUAAAAUUUUCUAGGAGAGAGCAUUAGUUCUCUUACAUCCUGUCGUAGCAUUAGGAUUUCUACACUGGUGAGACUAUUUCUGGAAAAAGUAUAUUCAGAUUUGAUAGGAGUACAAAUAGAAUCAUGAUGCCGCUUUAGGAGAAUGUAAAAAGGAGUCAAUAUACUGGCUGGUGUGGUGUACUUUUACAAUAUUUCUAGUCUUUGUAAUUUAUCAGAAAAGAAAUAUUCGUUUGACUCUUUGUUAAACUACUCACGAAACUGUUUCUGUAACAAGAAUAAUUGAUGAAGCUAUUCUUUGACAUCUAACAAAACUGUCUUGUUCCUUAAAUGCAUGUUCUUGGUUGACUA